CCCCUGCCCCCGACUUGACGGCGUGCCGACAUAUAUCAUACGGCUCUCCGUGCACUUGUGCUGUCCUAUACCUCGCCACCCGCCACCACUGCCUCGGGCCCGCUGCAACUACAUAGGACGAGUGCUGCCUCGAGCACCGUCCCAUCGCCGACCGAUCGGCCUGGAAAGUCUCCGCACGACUGUCUGAAAUUAGCUUUCAGAUUCUCAGAGAGUUAUCUUCCUCUCCCUCUUCGCUCUGAGCAACGGCACAACCUGUAGUGGGAAGGGAAGAAAAAAAAAGCGUCUCGUCAUGUCCGACUUUGACAUUUACCGCGAACCAUCACACUCUCACGCAUUGUACCGCGAAGGCAGCAACCAGACGACCACCAGCUCGUACCACCUGCCCACGCCCGAUAGCAUCGCGGCGUCGUUCCAGCACCAACAGCAGGCCGCCCUCCAGCGCCUCCAGCAACAGCAACAGCAGCAAGCGCAAACCCAGGCUCAACAGGCGCAGGCGCAGAUGUAUCAGCAGCCGGUGUAUGGGAAUGGCGGGAACGGGGCUUUGGAUAGACGGCGGCAAGAGUCGGAGGACGUUGAAGGGGAUGGACGGGUCGGUGUGGAAGAUCCACGCCAAGACCGACAAUAUACAGAACUCAAAUGCCUCGGAGACGGUUCAUUCGGCACAGUCUGGCUAUGCGACUGGCAUUCUGGCGUCAAGCCCGAUGUCACGCUAUCAGCCAUGCAGUGCGGAGCUGGAGCGAGGCCGGAAUGGUCGGGGAAGAGGCUGGUGGCGUUGAAGCGUAUGAAGCGGGUAUGGGAGAAUGGAUGGACCCAGGCGAAAACCCUCGGAGAACUCGCCUCACUACGGAACAUUCCCCCGCACCCGGCCAUCAUCCCGUUAUACGACGCAUUCAUCUCCCCCAACUCUCGCGAACUCUAUUUCGUGUUUGAGUGUAUGGAAGGAAACCUCUACCAGCUCACCAAAUCACGGCGAGGUCGGCCCCUAGCCGCAGGCCUCGUAGCCUCGUGCUUUCAUCAGAUAUCCUCGGGCCUGCACCAUAUCCACCGCCACGGCUAUUUCCAUCGCGAUAUGAAGCCUGAAAACUUGCUCGUCACUACCACCGGCCUCGCCGACUAUCUCACUGCGGAUACGCUUGCUGCCAUUAAUGAGAGACGGGGCGGAGAGCUCAAGUAUGAAAAGGACGUAUCUGUCAUUGUCAAACUCGCCGAUUUCGGGCUCGCCCGCGCCGUCGACUCGAAACCGCCCUACACCGAAUACGUCUCCACCCGCUGGUACCGCGCGCCCGAGGUCCUCCUCCGGUCCUCAAACUACGGAGCACCAGUGGAUAUGUGGGCGCUGGGCACGAUAUUGGCGGAAAUGUUGAAUCUGAAGCCGCUCUUCCCGGGGGUGAGCGAGAUUGAUCAGGUGUAUAGGAUUUGCGAUACGCUGGGCGACCCGAGCGGGGAGUAUGGGGUGGAUGAGCGGGGGAUUGGGGUGGGUGGAGGACCGUGGAAUUCGGGGAUCAAGUUGGCUAAGAAUGUUGGGUUUUCCUUCCCCAAGCGUAAGCCAGUGCGAUUCAGGAGCCUGUUCAAUGAACAUGUCCCACAAUCACUGGUCGAUUGCAUAGCAGAGCUGCUACGGUACAACCCCCGCUACCGCCUCACUUCUGCCCAAUGUAUCGACCACCCAUACUUUCACGAAACGCUGCCCCACCUCCAACAAACGCCGCCUCUCCCCCACAUCCCCUUCUCCGCAGGCCAACCUCCCCCCCAUGCGAUCCCCAAACCAAACCUCGGCACCGCGCCCAUCCAGCCCGAACCGCCGAGACAACUACCCCCCUCACACGCGCAUACGCCCCACACCGACCUCCCCCGGCCGGCAUUCGCCAACGACGACCUCCGCACCCUCCCUCCGCCGCUCUCGACCCCCGACUCGACCGUCUCUUCUGCGCACAUGCACCAGUACCGCAUGUUCUUCCCGCAGCACGUGCACGGCUCGUCGCCGCAUGCGAGCAGCUCGGCGCUGGUCAACCAGCUCAGAGAGCUCGAUUUGCCGACGGACGACUUGGCGAGUUAUGGGCAUAGGCCGGCGCUGUCGCCGGGGAGUGUUGCGAGGGAGAAGGAGAAGGCCCGGGCGGGGAGUCGGGCGCAGGCGCAUGCGGCGCAUCUCCACCAUUACGUCGGUGAUCUGAAUAUCAACGGCGGGCAUGGGCAAGGCGGCACGGGGACGAGAACGGGGACGGCGCCGAGCAGCUCGUCUCGCCGGCAGAGCAGCACGAUGUACGAUGGGUCGGUGUUUGAGGGGAGUGGGGAUGCGGGGGGGAGGAGUAGUGCGAGUUUGAUACGGUUUGGGGGGUCGACGGCUCAGGCUCAAGCCCAAGCCCAAGCCCAGGCGCAAGCGCAAGCUCAACAGCAGAGUUACGGGAGGUCAAGUGCCAAUGUCGCUGCCUACCUCCAACAGCAGCAACGCUACGCCGCCGAACACGGCGCCCAUCUCCAAAACCCUUCCCAAGUCUCCCUCAACUCCCUCACCUCCCCUUCCAACGUCUCCAUCCACUCCACCCACAGUCACCACCCGCACCUCACACAACAAGCCGGCCCCUCCUCUUCAUCCGUCCAUAUCCCUCCGCCUAUUGAGCCUACGAUAGGCGGUGCUAGGCCGGAAAAGCUUGGGGUGACGGGUAAGAAGAAGAAGUGGGGGCUCAGCUCGGUGUUUGGGGGCGAUAAGAGCUCGGCGAACCUGUCGACUGUGGAUGAGCAUGAUUAUAGUGGGACGUCGUCGCUCAAGAGGACGCAGAGCGGGCAUAGGCCCGGGGAGAGGAGUGAAGUGCACCUUGCUCCUGCGGCGGCUUCUUCCAUGGCCCUGGGAUCCAGCCCGUUGGGUAUGCAGUCGACUGCAUCUGUCAUCCACCCAGACGACCCAAAGAAGGCAAAGAAGGAAGCCGACCGUCAAGCAAAGGAGCUCGCACGCGCCCAGCGCGAUGCUGCCGCUCUCAAGCAGAAAGAACGAGCUCGGGCGGUGAUGCAAAAGCGAAACCAGCUCAUCGAAGCGAGGACGCAGACAAAGACGAAGGGGGAGAUUGAGUUUUCGUCCGGGACGUUGGGACUGGAAGCGCCGUUUACGGGCUCGACGGCCAACUUGGGGUCGACAGCAAACUUGGGAUCGACGGCGAACCUUUCGCGCAAUUACGCAGGGUCGCAUGCGUCCAACUCUCUUGCUAGUGUGCAUUCGCACGAUAGUGGACAUUCCGGGAGGAGCGGAAGGAGCGGGCUGAGCGCGAGGGCUUUGAAAGAGUAUGAAGAGAGGAUGGCCAGUGGGGAUGAUGAGGCGAGGCACAAGGCGAGAAGAAGGGAUGAUGAUGAUGAUCAUUCGAUGAGUAGUUUCGGGAUGGGACUGGGAGCGGGGUCACUGAGAAGCAGAAGUGUUUUGACUGUCGGUACUGUGGACAGCGAUCCUGGACCGAGAAGAUCAAGAUCACGCUCAGGAUGGGAAGACCCUCUCAUCCGACAUGGUUCCCGAGCUCCCUCGGCCUCUUCCACCUCUCUUCCCCCGUUCCAAUCACCCACAAACCGCAGCCACCCGCUCACAUCCCGUUCCAACGUCUCGGUCGAGUCUCAGCUUGCAAACGACUUUAAAGCACGCGCCAAUAUGGGUGCUGCGGCCUCUUCCACUUCAAGUCUGGGUAGACUUCCACACUCGCACAGUCAUAGCUACCUCGCCCAAGUACCAGUCCAUGGUUCCAGCCAAGCAUCUCUCCAUGGACCGAGUGCUUCCCAACGAUCUCUGCCUCUGCAAGGCCACGGGCACGGGCUGGAAGUACCUGCCGGAUACCCCGCGACAGUCUUGGAGCAAGGCCACGAGAGCGCACCUACGAGUCCUUACGGUCAUCCCAAGGGUGCUGCCGUCUCGCUCGGAGCGGGUAUCGCGAGACAUCCAGGAAGCUCGGGCCUUGGGCGUCCGCCGAUGUCUGGUGGUGGUACAGCUUUGCCGAGUAUCAGUAGUUGGGGAGAGGUGGAGGGGGAGGGGGGUGAACCGGGGGAUGGACAGAUCAAUCCCAUGUUCCGAGUUCCUCCUGUUGCGUAUGCGCAGCCGAAUCAGCAAACGCUACCGCCGUUUUCUGAUAUCGCUAGCUAUGCCAGCGGGCACCAACAACCGCGUUAGAGCUCUCGACUAGGCUCGCCUCGGCAGGAUCGUCGGUACUUUUCACCCAUUGCGCCUCGAGUGUAGAGUUGAGACCACGGACUCUAUCGACUGUCCCAUCUUUUACCCAGACGGAUUCUACUCUUUUACACUUGCAUAUAUUCUCAUGGCCACCCAUUUACAAUCACGGUUGCUGCAUGUACCCUUUUUUUCCAUUUGAUAUGAAUCAACUGGGGAUUCACCUACAGUAGCAUCCAUGUACUGUAGACAUAGCAUGGUUUUUUUUUUACGAGAGAAAACUAUUGCGGUUGCGGUGGUGGUGUCUCGUUUGAGCACUUCCCGCGAGAGAGGGGAAAGAUGACGAACGAAGGCAAGGGUACGAGUAUAUGAUCAUUACCCUUCUUCACUUGGGGAGUAGACAUGCAUUUGUCGUUGAUCAAGG